GUCGCUGUGAGAGGGACGCGCACAGCGGCUCAGGACACAACACUAGAACCCGUUUCUUUUCUGACUCCACGGUUUAAAGUGCGAGUGUGAUUCUCUCUUCAUCUCUGCCUGACUUUUAUUGUCAACUUUCGGAUUAAAACAUCUUUAAAGACUCAGUUUGAAAAGGACAGACGGCCCCCUCAGCCCCCUCCCCACACCCCAGUGAUGCUUAGCUGUAAAGCUGUAUCCCAGAGGCCCACAUCGGCAGCUAGAGGAGAGGUCGUCACCAUGACAGCGUCCUCGCAGGACUCCAGACCCUCGUCUAUGGCCGGCCUCUUCUUACUCCUUCUCCUUUUCUUCCCGAGUGUUGUUACGCAGAACUCUGCCGUACCGACGACCCCCACCCCGUCGCUGUUCGACCCCCUGACACAACCGGAGUGCACAAAGAAAGAACAUCCAAAGGUUUCCAUCCAAGCUCUCAGUCCGUGGAUCUCCUCUUUCUCCCACCCCGGCGUGAGAGACUAUUCCCAGCUCACCCUUGACCUGACUAGGAAUGAGCUUAUUGUGGGUGCCAGAAACUACCUGUUCAGACUGGACCUCAGCAACAUGUCGCUGAUACAGGAGACAGAAUGGGCACCGGACGAGGAAACCAGGAGGUCCUGUCAGAGCAAAGGCAAAACAGAGAUUGAAUGUCAGAACUACAUCAGAGUCCUGCUGGUGAACAAGACUGAGGUCAUGACCUGUGGUACCAACGCCUUCCAGCCACUUUGUAUAACCCGAGAGGUGGGAAACAUGAGCCGCAUGCUGGAGCGGGUGAACGGAGUGGCACGCUGCCCAUACGACCCACGCCACAACUCCACAGCAGUGGUGACGGAGAGCGGGGAGCUUUACGCCGCAACUGUUAUCGACUUCUCCGGCCGUGACCCUGUCAUUUACCGCAGCCUGGGGGGAAUGCCACCUCUCCGGACGGCUCAAUACAACUCCAAAUGGCUCAACGAGCCCCACUUCAUCUCCGCCUACGACAUCGGUCUCUUCACCUUCUUUUUCCUGAGGGAGAAUGCAGUGGAGCACGACUGUGGGAAGACGGUGUAUUCCCGUGUGGCAAGGGUCUGCAAGAACGACAUCGGAGGGCGAUUUCUCCUGGAAGACACCUGGACCACGUUCAUGAAGGCGAGGCUCAACUGUUCUCGCUCUGGAGAGAUCCCUUUCUACUACAAUGAGCUGCAGAGCACCUUCUACCUGCCAGAGCAAGACCUCAUCUAUGGCAUCUUCACCACCAAUGUCAACAGCAUUGCAGCUUCGGCAGUGUGUGCCUUCAACCUGAGCGCCAUCACCCAGGCCUUCAACGGGCCCUUCCGCUCCCAGGAGAACCCCCGCUCCACCUGGCUUCCCACACCCAACCCCAUUCACAACUUCCAGUGUGGAACAAUAGACGAUGAAGGUCCGAAUGAGGGCUUGACAGAGCGCAGUCUGCAGGAUGCCCAGAGACUCUACCUGAUGAACGAUGUGGUCCAGCCGGAGUCUGUGGAUCCUCUGGUCAUGCAGGAUGACGUUCGGUUCUCCAACCUGGUUGUGGAUAUCGUUCAAGGCAUGGACACCCUCUACCACGUCAUUUACAUCAGCACAGAAUAUGGCACCAUCCUAAAGGCACUGGCUACACCCAACAAGAACCUACAAGGAUGCUACCUGGAGGAGAUGGAGCUUCAUCCAUCAGGAGUUAGAGAACCAAUCCUGAGUCUGCAGAUCCUGCACAGCGACAGGUCUCUCUUCGUUGGGCUCAACAACAGAGUCUUAAAGAUCCCUCUGGAGAGGUGCUCCACCUACAAGACUGAGACGCUUUGCUUGGAAGCGAGGGACCCGUACUGUGGCUGGGACUUCAGGCAGCGCAGGUGCACCACACUGGAGGACAGCUCCAACAUGAGCCAGUGGAAGCAGAACAUCACAGUGUGCCCGCUCCGGAAUCAAACCACCAAUGGGGGCUUUGGACCCUGGGCGCCAUGGCAGCCAUGUAACAAUGAUGAUGGUGUUGAUGGUGUGAGCUCCUGUUUGUGCCGGUCCAGAUCUUGUGACAGUCCUGCUCCUAGAUGUGGGGGCAAAAACUGUCAGGGUCCCACCAUUGAAGUCUCCAACUGCUCGAGAAACGGAGGCUGGACGCCCUGGUCGUCAUGGGGACAGUGCAGCACAACCUGUGGUACAGGCUUUGAGCUGCGCCAGCGUUCCUGUAACAACCCCUCCCCCCGCCACGGUGGUAGAGUGUGCGUAGGACCAAGCAGGGACGAGAGGUUCUGCAAUGAAGGAGUGUCCUGUCCUCAGCCCAUCUUCUGGUCCCCGUGGGGCUCCUGGACAAAGUGUAGCACCGAGUGCGGGGGAGGCGUCCACUCCAGAGUCCGAACCUGUGAGAAUGGAAACAGCUGCCCAGGAUGUGCUCUGGAAUACAAGGCUUGUAACCUGGAGGCAUGUCCUGAGGUGAAGAGGAACACACCUUGGACCCCCUGGAUGCCGGUCAAUGUGACUCAGGGUGGAGCUCGUCAGGAGCAGAGGAUGCGCUACAUGUGCCGAGCUCACUUGUCCGAUCCCCAUGAGCUGCAGAUUGGACGCAGGAAGGUGGAGACACGCUUCUGUCCGAACGACGGUACAGCAGCCUGCGAGACAGACACCCUUGUGGAGGAGCUCCUGAAGACACCUGUAGUGAGAGUUGCAGGUGCAGGUUGGUCAUCAUGGGAGUCCUGGUCAAGCUGCUCACAGAGUUGUGCCAAAGGUUACCGCACCCGCCGAAGAUCCUGCUCUGGACCAGAGGGGAAGAGCGCCCCUGUGGCGUGUCGUGGCUCACCUGUGGAAUACCAGGACUGUAAUGUCCAGCCGUGUCCUGUAAAAGGUGCGUGGGCAUGCUGGUCAGCCUGGUCACAGUGCUCAGUGGGUUGUGGCGGUGGUCACUACCAACGCACACGCUCCUGCAACAGCCCGGCCCCCGCCAAUGGAGGCGACAUCUGCAUAGGACUGCACACUGAAGAGGCCUUGUGUAACACCCACACCUGCGAUGGUGGCUGGAUGGCCUGGUCGCUGUGGUCAGCCUGUGAUGACUCGGGAUUGCAGAUGAGGAGUCGGCUGUGUGGUGCUCAGGGAAACAUCCCCUGUGUGGGGAACAGCACUCAGAAGAGAGACUGCAAUGAAAUACCUGUCAUUCUCCCUGCAUCUGGUUUUGAUAAGGACCAACACUGUGGAGCAUUCACCUCCAUCCACCUAAUUGCCACCGGUGUUUCCUGUUUCCUCGGGGCGGGGCUGCUGUCCUUCCUGAUCUACGUCUACUGUCAGCGUUUCCACAAGCCUUCACAGGAGUCUGCCAUCAUUCAUCCCACCACCCCAAACCACCUCAACUACAAGGGCAACACCACGCCAAAGAAUGAGAAGUACACGCCCAUGGAGUUCAAGACACUGAACAAGAACAACCUGCUGCCAGACGAAAGAUCCAACUUCUUCCCGACACAACUUCAGCAGACGAACGUCUACACAACCACCUACUAUCCCACAACGCUAGGCAAGUUCGACUACCAGCCCAACUCCUCCCCUUCGCCAUGCAGGACCUACAACAACAGCAACAACAGCUGAGACACGCCACAUAACUGCAUCUCCAAACCCUCUUGCCAGCGCCCAUAAACAGACACCAACAAAAUGCCAUGGUGACAUAACUGAACCGACGUGAACUGAAACAUUUCUCAGAUUUUUCCUCACACCAUCACCACUCUUCUGGCUCUUCCACAUGGUCAGAUUUUUUUCUUCAAGGGCGUUUCUGGAACUUUCCAUUCAGAGAUGUAGGUUUGGAUAACAAGUCCCUGGUCCUGGUGCAGUCAAGGACUUACGCAACCAGCUGAGGGAGUGUUAUUGUAAGGGCCUGACUGGAUAAAGCAGAAUCAACUCAGAGGAUAAUUUGGAAGGAUGCCUAGCAGAACCAUGUAUGCCUCUACUCACAUUAUUGAGACCAGGACUAUUCAGCACAGGUGCUGAAUUGAGCAACUUUGAAUAAAAAUGUAAUAAUUGCUCUGGAUCUGGUCACCAUUUCACACCUCUCAAUUACUAACCACAUUGUCAGGCUGUAAUGAACUUUGAAUCCCACAACAACAAAGCAGUUACUGAGAACAAACAGUGCUUAUUGUUAUGUCCUUGCCACACAGCACUGUGGGACAGAACAACAACAAAAGGGAGAACUCAGUGAGGUUGACGAUAAAGUAAAUUAGAGAUCAAUAUCAGUUUAUUUGUCAGGGGCGGAUGCACGCCCUACGUUAGUGGUGUUUCACAUAACUUCAAGAUUAAAACCUCCAUAAGUUUAUGGACAGCUGUUUGGAAGAGACACACGGCUACACUUCUGUCUGAGCUGGAGAAAAUUCUCUCUGAGUCACUUACCUUCACGGACAAGGACGUUCACUGGAGCGAGAGGGAUUUGGGAGAAGCAGUCUGAACUGUAUAUAAAGCUUUGGGAAUGCCUUGGGUGCCUGUAUGCAAUAGAGGGCAGGGGCGAGAUUUGUUUUUCUUCUGUUUUCUUUUUUCGAAGAACAAUAAAGACUUCUGUAAGGGAUUUAAUUGAUUCUCCAAUUAAUUCUCCAAAAGAUGCAUUGAAUCUACUGAGUGCUAAAUAGCCCAGUGGUCAUAUCAAAUAUGGCCAGUGUGCUGAACAACUGGAUUUGGUUUUAUAUGGUGAUAGAAUAAGCUAGUAGACUGGCACUUGUUCUUUUUUUAAUCUUUGUUUUUUAAGAUGUUUGUUUUAUUCUCAGACAAGCCGUAGCAUAGGAGGAAGUAUUCUGUUUAAUAAAACUUGCUAAUAAUUCUUGCUUCUUUGAUUUCACUUCACUGAAUGGUUGCAUUCCUUUGUGAUGUUAAUUUUCAUAUGUUUGUUGUUGCAUCUUUAACACAUGAAAUGUUUAAGGGAUAUUCAAAUAUUUGUGAAGUUGGGGUUUUUUAAGAUACAUAGCAAUAGUAGUGGCAUUACACUCCAGUGGUUUUAUUGAGCAUUGCCCCUUUAGGCAUGAUUCAGUUUGGGAAAGCUAGGCUAUACAGCGCUACAGAUGGGUGCUUUCCCCAUAUUUUAGGUAAAAAUGGGCCAGAAACAAUGGUGGCUAAAUUGUACACUAUACUGACCAUUUUUAAGCAUUUAUUUUUCAGCCAGAAAGCCUCAUUGUUCUACAGCCGUUGUGCAUCUGAUCAGCUGUUUGGUCAGAGGGCUUCAUCAGAGGAGACAACAACAAACUAAGCAAAAACUAGUUAUUUCAGCUCAGUUUACCACUUUAAAAGCUUACACAUAGUUUUCAUGUGGUAAACAUACCAUGCUUACUGUAGCUUGUCUAAUUAUCAGCCAUUUGAAGAAUAGUCGACAAUGUUCUCAGCAAAUGUUGGCCUCAGCUAGAGACCUCCAUUGGGCACUGGGAUGUUUUGAAGCAUAGAGGCCAUGGUUCUCAGCUGGAAAACAGGAGAUUCCAACCGGGUUGGGAAUGAGUCUCUGCCUCAGGUGAAGGACUUCAAGUAUCUGAGGGUCUUGUUCAAGAGAGAGAGUAAAAGGGAGUGUGAGAUGUACAGGCGGUUUGGUGCGUUGUUGGCAACACUGCUGGCAUUGUGCCAAUCUGUUGUGGUGAAGCGGGAAUUGAGCCGAAAGGCGAAGUUUACGAUUUUCUGAGUAAGACAGUGUGUUGUUUCAGAGCACAUGGGUGAAAGUCAGAGUCUUUCAGUCCUUGGUUUCCCGGUCUUACUAUACUCUUGUGAGGUCUGGAUUGAUCUGAUGGCUUGACUCUUUUGUGACAACUUAUCUUCAGACAUUUUUGGGUAUCGCUGUUAGACCAUGUGUCUAAUGCUGAUGUGCUCAGGGGGCAGCUGGGGGGAUACCUGGAGGGAUGUGGCAUGUGCCUGGCGCAGGCCUAAAGGAUGGCUAUUGAUGGAGUUACCUGGAAUGACUGUACCCAUCUGAAGCACUGUAUAGCCUAGCUUCUCCAAGCAUAUCAUUCUUAAAUGGGUGCGGUACUCUAAAAUCCCUGGCAGCUAACACCACUAUAAUUGCUAAGUACCUCAUACAACCCAACUUCAAAAAUGUCAAAAUAUCUCUUUAACAAAGAUGAAUAAAAAUUGUUAUGUGUUUUUAAGUAAAUGUCAAAAAAGCAUCCAUUUGGCCCUGCUUGAAAAGAAAAAGACAAAAAAAACUAAAUCAUGCUUGCUAAGAUGUUUGAUCAGAUCAGUAUGAGUGCAUGUGAGCGUGGAUGCGUGUACAUAAAAAAAAAAUGUACCAGAUGACUGUGUGACUGUAUGUGAUUCAAGGAGGUCGCUGUAUUUUGUACAAUGUAAAUUCUUUCAUACAUAAGACUAUAUAUGAGGAAAUGGCGAUCUAUUUGUGCAUUUUUUUUCCACAUUCUGUCGCUGACCCUCCAGGCAUUCUACUGUUUUUCUAUAUUUCAUGUAUGAGAUGUUAAUCAUUGUAAGUUAACGCAUCCUCGCACUUCUGGUUCCUGCAGAGGUGAAGCAGACACUAUUUAUAGUCCCAAGCUUGGUUUUUAAAGGGCAUUUCCACAGCUAUAUUUUAUUAUUAUUAUUAUUAUUAUUAUUAUUGCCUGACAGAUAAAUGCUAACCCAGCAAUGCUUUUUCAGUUCAGCUACUGUACAUGCACGAGAUGAGAGCUCUAUCUGUAUAUAGGAGCAGCAGCCUUGUGCAGUCCGUUUAAUGACCCUGCAGAGGAUUGUGUAAAUGUAUCUGUAUAUUGUAUAGCUAACACUGUUUGUUUAAAAAAAGCCUUAUAGUUGUUUAAAAAAAAGUGCAGCAGCUAAGUACACACCAACCAUGAGGUUUGUUUGGGGACAGAGCUCCAUGAUGUGACCAACCGCCUGUGGCUCUUGACCUCCUCCAGCUGUUAAAACAUCAAAUUUCCAGAGACGCAUGAACCCUGGCUCAAAGUAUCUCUGUGUAGCAACAAUAAUGAGAGAAUCAAAUAAUAAAGACAGCAAAAAGUCACAAUUAAUGGACAAACUGAUCAAGAUGGAUGAAGUCAUUUCAGUCUAAACUUAGACUCUAUUAGCCUGGUCUGAGGAGAGUCCUCUAGUUGGUCAAAUUUGAGCUCUGUCCCCUGCGAUGUGAGGCUCUGUGCCCUUCUAUGCAACUUACCAGGUGUACUGUUAGACCUGUCAUGUAGACUGUAAUCACUGCCUUUUAGACACUGUGAAUUUUUUGGUACCCUAUAUUUUUGUAUAUUGUACAUUAUAAAAGGAUAAUAAACCUUGAUGCCAACAAAGCAG